UUGCUGCAUGUGCAUGGUUAUCAAAAAAAUUCAUGCAUGACUCGGCUAUUCCCUGCAUUUCGUUUUCUACAAUCAUCACCAAAUAAUUAUGAGUGGCACAAUGAAAUUAAUUCUUCUUCUGGUGUUUUACAAGAAAAAAUGGUGAAUAUUGAUCAUGUUGUUGCUACAUAUCCCCUUUUGUGUCAAGUUCAACAAGACUUCCACCCUUCUGGCAUCUUUUAUGGUGACAAUCCCUUAGCUCACUCCUUCUCAUUACUUUUGUUCCAUCUCAUUCUUGUCACCACCAUUUCUCGCAUUAUUCGCUUCAUUCUUAAGCCUCUUAAACAACCUAUAAUCAUUUCUCAUAUCAUUGGUGGUGUUAUUGUUGGACCGACGUUUCUAGGACGAAGUAAAUGGUAUCAUCGACACAUGAAACCGGACGCAGCACAAUACAUAAUGAACAAUCUUGGAAUAAUGGGAUUCAUGUUUUUUGUAUUUGUGUAUGGUGUGAAAAUGGAUACAAGUCUAUUGAGAAAAUCAGGAAGAAUGAAUAUGUCAAUAGCAUUGAUUGGAAUAUCAGCUCCAACAAUAGCAGUAAUUGUUACAGCACUGUGCAUCAGAAAGAAGAUGGAGAAAGAAUUAGCCACAAUGAAUUCAAUAGGAAUACUAGCAGGAUCCAUAGGAAUAACAGCAUUUCCUGUUCUAUACAAUGUUCUAAAAGAGUUUAACCUUGUAAACUCAGAUGUUGGUAAAUUUGCAUGUUCAACAGCAUUGUUGGGGGAUGUAUUGGGGAUGUUCAGCGUUUUAGCAUUUGAGGCAGGAGCACAAGGACAAGCAAAAGCAGAGAAUGCUUUGUGGUACUUGAUUUCUCUUUUGGUUUUGGGAGCAAUACUUUUGGGGUGUGUUAGGCCUGCACUUGUUUGGAUUAAUAAUACAACACCUGAGGGACAACAAGUGGAUCAAUGUUAUGUGGUUGCAAUUCUUUUAGGUGUUUUUGUGAUGGGCUUUAUAACUGACAUGAUUGGGGUAGCAAUUGUUAAUGGGCCUUUAUGGUUGGGCUUACUUGUUCCAGAUGGACCACGUUUAGGAGCGGCUUUGGUACAAAAGAGCCAGCUUAUUUUAACUGAGUUUCUUAUGCCAUUUUCUUACAUUUUGGUGGGACAAUAUACUGAUUUGUAUUCAUUGAGUUCUUCUGAUUGGAAUAGUUUGCUUCCUUUGUUUAUUAUUGUUUUAACUGGCUACAUGACCAAAUUCUUUGCAACUUGGAUGGCAACAAUGUAUUGGCGUGUACCUUUUAGAGAUGGACUCACUUUUAGUCUUAUUAUGAGCCUAAGAGGACAAAUUGAAUUUAUCUUGUUUGUCCAUUUGAUUGACAAAAGGAUCUUGCAGAUACCAAGCUACACAUUGUUAGUGCUAAUGACAACAGCAAUAACAGCAACAUUCACACCUCUAAUAUCAAUACUAUAUGAUCCAACAAGACCUUACAUAUUAAACCAAAGGAGAAACCUCCAACACAAUCCAUCUGGUGAAGACCUAAGAAUAAUUCUAUGCAUUCUAGACACUGAUAACACAAAUGGACUCAUCCAACUACUUGAUAUCACAAAUCCAACCUCAACCAGCCCAAUGACAGUUUCUGCUCUUAGAUUAUUUGAGCUUUCGGGCCGAUCCAACCCGUUAUUUAUAGACCAUAAAAAACAAGAACUUCCUACAAUAUAUCAAUGGACACACACCAUAAAUGCACUUGGAAGUUACCAACAACUCAAAAGGCAGUUUUUGAGGCUUAAUUUUUUCACUGCCGUGGCUCCCAAGCAAUCCAUGUUUCAAACCAUCUGCGAACUCGCGCUCGAACAAGAAACUUCUUUGAUCAUCUUACCUUUUAGAAAUAUAGGAUUUUAUUACCGUGGUGUUAGAAGGACAUUGAAUUCACAAAUGUUGGAUCAUGCUCCUUGUUCCAUUGCAAUUCUUGUUGACAAGAGUCUUCUUGAUAAAAACACAAUAGGAAGUUCGGUUCGACAUUUUAGACAUAGGUUCGCUGUGUUGUUUCUUGGAGGUGCAGAUGCUAGAGAAGCUCUUGUUUAUGCAGAUAAGAUGGUUUCGAAUGAAGAAGUGUCGCUUACAGUGAUAAGGUUUCUUUCUUACAACUGUAUAGGGGAUAAUGAAAUGGAGAAGAAGCUUGAUGAUGGAAUUGUGACUUGGUUUUGGAUGAAGAAUGAGAUGAAUCAAAGAGUUGUGUAUAGAGAGGUUAUCGUUGGAAAUGGUGAAGAAACAAUUGGAGCAAUUCAUGAUAUGAAUGAUGGUGGUUAUGAUCUUUUAAUUGUUGGAAGGAAACAUGGGAUUAACCCUGUUUUUCUUACAGGGUUGUCUGAAUGGAGUGAAAGUGAUGAGUUAGGACUUAUUGGUGAUUAUGUUUCUUCUCAAGAUUUUUAUGGAUCAGCUUCUGUUUUAGUGGUACAACAACAAAUUCUAAGAGGUUAAAAAAAUUAUUGUGUUCACAAUAUAAUAAUUUUAGAGCCGCAUUUGUCCACAUUUUAGCCACCAUGAAUUUCAGGGGUACCUAUUAGAAAGAUAUAGUGUGAAUAUUUAAGGUUUAGUUUUUAGAUGAAGGAAUGAUCCAUGUACUUUAGAAAAGAAUAGAUGUUGUAGUUUAUAUGUAGACUCAAGUGAGGUAUCCCUCCCUUCAUAUGAUAUGGUUAAUAGAUA